CAGAUCUGUCACAUGACCGCGAUCAGUGAACAUGGCAGACCGACGGGAGUAUGAGGGUCUGCUGGAUGAUGAAGAAGAAAAUGAUGAAGGCGUGUCUCCGCACCUGAGCCCGCUGUGUGACCCGACUCACCUGCUGCACCGGAUCCUGGUCCUGGUCUUCAUGUGCUUCCUGGGCUUCGGUAGCUACUUUUGUUAUGAUAACCCCGCAGCUCUCCAGACUCAAGUCAUACAGGAUAUGGGUCUGAACACAGCCUCGUUCAUGCAGCUGUAUGCGUGGUACUCAUGGCCUAAUGUUGUGCUGUGCUUCCUGGGGGGCUUUCUGCUGGACCGGGUGUUUGGCAUCAGGCUGGGGACGAUCAUCUUCUCAAUGUUUGUGUUAUUAGGGCAGAUCAUAUUUGCUGCUGGAGCUCUGGCCAAUCACUUCUGGCUGAUGAAUCUGGGCCGAUUUGUGUUUGGUAUCGGCGGAGAGUCGCUGGCUGUGGCUCAGAACACGUAUGCAGUGAACUGGUUCAAGGGAAAAGAGCUCAAUCUGGUGUUCGGCCUGCAGCUCAGCAUGGCCAGAGUGGGCAGCACGGUCAACAUGAACGUCAUCGGUUGGGUUUACGGCCGCAUCGAGGCGAUGCUGGGCUCAACGGGACACACCACGCUCGGGAUAACACUCAUGAUCGCGGCGUCCACGUGUCUGUUCUCCCUCAUGUGUGCUCUGAUUCUGGGCUUCCUGGACAGAAGAGCAGAGAAGAUCCUCAAGAAGGAGCAGGGCAAAACUGGGGAAGUCAUCAAGCUGACGGACGUCAAGGACUUUCCCGUCUCUCUCUGGCUCAUCUUUAUCGUCUGUGUGGCCUAUUACGUGGCCAUCUUCCCAUUCAUUGGACUGGGCCAAGUUUUCUUCAUCGAGAAGUUCGCCUUCACCACUGUCCAGGCCAGAGCCAUCAACAGUAUCGUGUACAUCAUCUCGGCCCCGGCGUCUCCUCUGCUGGGGUUCGUGGUUGAUCGGACCGGCAGGAACGUCUUGUGGGUUAUGCUGGCCGUCAUCACCACGCUCCUCUCUCACAUGAUGCUGGCCUUCACCUUCUGGAACCCCUGGAUCGCAAUGUGUCUAUUAGGUCUGUCGUAUUCACUGCUGGCCUGUGCUCUGUGGCCCAUGGUGGCGUUCGUGGUGCCAGAGCAUCAGCUGGGAACCGCGUAUGGAUUUAUGCAGUCCAUACAGAACCUGGGCCUGGCGCUCAUGUCCAUGGCUGCGGGGAGCAUCUUAGACCUCAAAGGAUACCUGUUCCUUGAGGUCUUCUUCAUCGCCUGCCUGUGCUUGGCUCUACUGGCAGUGGUUUUGCUGUAUCUGUAUAAUUCUUACAAAGAGGGAGAGCUGAACCUGUCGGCCUCGGAACGAACCAGCCGAAUGAAGUCUGAGGAUGCUCAGCGGUUGCGAGUCCCUCAGCCGUCUGUGGAGGAUCACGAUCAUCUGAAGCCUCUGUCUCCGUUCGGUCUGCGGAUCCGCUAUCUGUCCAGACUGGGAGUGCAGGUAUCACUGGACAUCUCAAAGCGUCUGAUGGAGCUCGCUGUGUUCUCACACAGGUGUGUUGUUGUGUUGGCAGAUGCCGGAUCACAGGUCUUCUCUGGCCUACAGGAGUGUCCUCAGAUGAGCUGUGCCUCACGCUGUCCAGUAACGCUGCCAGAGACAAAUGCAUUUGUGUUAAUAAACUUUUCUUGUGUGUGUGCAUCUAUUUGGAUGUUUGUGUUUGAUUGCAAUCCAGCUAGAGUGCAUGAGUCUGUAGAUGCGUUCAGCAGAGAGAUGUGCACGGUCCUGAUACAGAUGCACACACUUCAUGGUGUUAUUGGUAUUUUCAAUGCAGUCUCAUGGCAAUUCACUCACAGCUCUUUUACAUUUUGGUGAAUUGCUGUCUUGAUU